AUGGAUGGUGUCUGCAUCGGGUGUAGAUUCCUGUGGCCGGACGUUCCAGGCCGCUUCUGUGCUGGAUGCGGUCAAAAGCUGUUCAUGCGUCCGGUUAGAAAUGCAGCUCCUCCAGAGGCCAGCAGUGCCCCGGGCCAGGCGGCGGCUUCCAGCGAACCUCAGAUGAGUGUCCAACUCAAUCCUUUCCGCCUGGCAGCGAACAACACCCAUCACCAGGACAAUAACAGCGAGGUGAGCUCUGCAGGCAUGGCGGUAGAGCACCAGACGAACCUCCUAUCCAUGUCGCGGCCACCAACUGCGCACGGCAGACUACAGCGGGACAAGACCACAUCUGUCGGUCUGAGACCGCUGUCUCCUAUGGAAGGAGUUGAAGUUGCUCACAACCCAGGGGAAAGAGCCUUACAGCCACGGAACCAUCCGGGUCCACCAGUUGCACCGAGUCUGCCGGUCGCCGAGAUCACCGCGAAUUCAAACGGCAGCUCUAUGCCGGCCGGUAGAGAAAGAGCAGAUGCCAGCGACGAGGUGCGUGGGACCCUCCCCACCGAGAACCCAAGGAGGUUUGCCCGAGCUCGUCCAGCUUUGGCAGAACACGUGGUGAUCGAUCUCGAAGAGAGUGGACCCCUUGCAUCAGGCUUAUCCUCCUCCCAAACCAGAGAUGCAAGAUCUAGGUCGCCGCCGAAGGCCCGUGAUCUAGAUGACGGAGCUGACCACGGCCGGUACAGAGAACGAGAUCUACGUUGUCAGAGCUCUUCACGUCCUUUACCUCCCCAGCAACCGGCUCUCUACCGAGAUUCUCUGCAAUGGAGAGUUUUCCUGGAAAAGUUUCAUGCAAGCUCUCCGACCGACCGCCUUCCUACACUGGCAAGCUUCUGGGACGAAUUCUAUGAGAAAGAGAGCAUGGGAUAUACCUGGCCUCCGACGACGAUGGUACACAUCAAAGACCUUGCGCAUCGGUUGAUCACGCACUUCAACACCUUCAAUUCCGUUGUGAGAAAGCGAGAUGAGUUUCUCUCAGAGGUGGCCCGCUACCUAGUCACUGCGGUCACCCAGCCGUGCUAUAGGGCAUGGCAGUUACGAAGAGUGGAAUGCAACAACACAACUCACCGGUAUUUGAUGGACUUGCUGGUGUUCUCUCACGACUUACAGUGGUUCCUAAUACGAAAGCCGUUGCCGGGGGCUGGAGCCAAAGCGCCCUCGAAUGCUGAAUUUGCUCGCUAUCUCUUUUCCAUCCGGCACCAGCGGGCGACAGUGCAGGUCGACCAGCAGGAAUUUCCAAAAGUGCUUGGUUUUAAUUAA